UCUGCAUCCUUGCUUUCCGAGACGAUUCCAUUGUAUAUCUGCUUAUGCACUAUAUCCCUGCCUGAAAAUAGACAACGGAAUUAUACAAAUAUGACAUUUGUCAUCUAUAAUUGAAAAAAAGCACGUGUUGCACGGAAUGGGAAAAUUGUUCAGCAAGAAGAAGUCACCGAAAUACGACAGUUUCAACUCAACCUCCAAGCAGACGGACAGCCCAGAAAGAGAAGGUGGAGUGAUGUCUAGCAGUCCAGUGCAUCAGGAGGCAGUGGUCAGUCUCGCCGGGGUCCAGACUGGCCUCAGUCUCUCAGGCAGCAAGGAUAAGACUGUGGUCCUGUAUGACUACCACAACAACCGACUUGAGGAUCGCUGGACAGGACAUGAAAGAGAGGUGACCAAGGUGUGCUACGGUUCAGCCUGUCACGGCAUGUUCAGUGCUUCCCGGGACAAGUCAGUCAGGAUGUGGCAGAGAGGCAACCCAAAUGCUGUGAGAGAGUUUCAGGGUCAUGACCUUGUAGUGACUGCAGUGACCCUGAACCCAGACAAUACGAUGCUGUGUACUGGUUCCCGUGACAACAGUGUGAGAUUGUGGAAUGUGGAGACAGCGAAGUGCGUCAUGCAAAACAGCAUACCACAGAAUCUAGUGACGGAUGUCAAGUGGAUCCCAAACAGUAGUCUGGUGGUGCAGGUGGGGGAGGACAAGCAAGUCAGAUUGUAUGACACUCGUAACCUGAGCGUCAUCCACAGCUUCACCAAGAAGCAGUACAUCCAGAUGUCAUGUGACAUCAGCCCGGAUGGCGUCUACUGCCUCACGUGCAGCAACGGCUUUGGUGGCAACGGCUGUGAAGCUACGCUGUGGGAUCUAAGAAGUCGAUCUUUAAUCCAUGAGUUCAAGGGUCACAUAGAAGCCAUUGAGGCGUGUAUAUUCCUCCCGAGCAGCGACCUCCCCCUUGUGGCCACAGCUUCGAGAGACUGCACCAUCAAGGUCUGGAACAGAGACACAAAAGCUCUAGUGUCAGAUUUGUCGAUCAGCGGUGCUGGACCAAUCACCUCUCUUCUGGCAUACGAGGACGGCAGUGUCCUGGCCGGCUCCUUCAAUAUGGGCAUUCAACUGAUGGAACUGAAGAAAGGACAACUCUCCAGGAGGUCACAGUUCUAGCAAUGGCCGACCUAGUCAAGAUAUCUGCUGCCAUACCCAGUUGCCAUCAUCUAGCUGUGGAUCACCUUGUCAACAGGGUGGUCAAUUUAUCCCUUAGUAUUGCCUGGUCAUCCGUGGAUCACCUUGUCAACAGGAUGGCUAACGUUAUCCCUUAGUAUUGCCUGGUCAUCCGUGUAUCACCUUGUCAACAGGGUGGUCAACGUUAUCCCUUAGUAUUGCCUGGUCAUCCUUGGAUCACCUUGUCAACAGGGUGGUCAACGUUAUCCCUUAGUAUUGCCUGGUCAUCCUUGGAUCACCUUGUCAACAUGAUGGCCACCUUUUUCUGUUAGUUUAAAAAUGACAUUAAAAGAACAUGAUGUCGACCUUCUGAAGAUAUGUUUGUGAACAAUAGACGAUAACCCCCGAGCUUAUUCCGUUUCUGCUCCAGUGACCACACCGCGGGUGUAAGCUUAUCACGUCACAAGACUUUUCUCUUGUUUGUAAACUUACGCACUUAUUCUGAAAUAAGAACACUUUCGGUGCACUUUACAUAUUGUUUUGCGUAAUUUUAUAGAUACACUAGUACAACUGCGACAGUAAGGUGCAUGACAAUAUAGAUAUAUUGACUAUCGGAGCUCAUUAGAGCUUUGAGAACAGGAUGUGAAGGAUAAAUACCGUUACGCAAAUGGAAAUUGUGUUUCAUGUUUUAGGAUUAUGUUUAUCUUGUAGACUUGUACAAAAUGAAACUUGAAAAACACAUGAAUGAGCUGUGUAAGAUGUGACGAGGUGGAGAUCGAGUGACUGGCUUACUACGGCAAUUAGUAUUUUGUAACUCAUCCGUAAGAAAAACACACAAGCUUUCUCUAUUAAAAAAACUAGACUGAAGCCAGUUUACUCUGCACGGCGCUUGCGUUUUCAACUUCACUGUGUAGAGCUCUUUUGUUUUGGUUGGAGAAAUGAGUCGGGCAAGUAAUGUCACACUCGAAAAUUAUUUCAUGCAUGAUUUAAAAACACACAGAACCGUUGAUGUUCGUACUGUCCCUUUAGACCCAGCUCACUUACAUUUCUUGCCUGAUUAUUUGUAGAUCACCUUGUCAGUAUGAUUGGGGACUUUAUACCAUAGUAUUGAGUGGUCAAAGCUCUUGUCAACAUUGUGAACAACUUUAUCCCUUAGAACUGCCUUGUAUGAGGAAGUCUUUGAUGGACAUUUAGAAGUUGGAAGAACAUGAAUGCAUCACUUAUAGCCUCAUCUUCAUGUUGAUGUCGAAUGAAGUCUCCCUUGUUCCAUACAAAGUGUCAUGUUUUCAUGCCUUGUAUGAGGUUCCACUCUUGUUAAUAUUUCAGUAUCUAUGGUAAUAGUUUAUGAAUAUUGAUAGGUAUUUUCUUGUGAUAAGCUGGCUGUCAUUUGUGUUUGUAUUGGAUGGGGAUUUUAAUCACUGGGCAGGCGCGGAUCCAUUUUGACAAUGGUAGCAUGCAUACUUCAGAAAGUGAAUUUCUUUUCAAGGGGCUGACUCAGGGUGUCUGAAAAGGGGGAAUGCACCCCCCUGCACCCCUCUGCACCUCCCUCUAGAUCUGCGAGUGCUGGUUAUGCAUAAGUAAGGAGUCAAACAAAUUGUUAUACUCAGUCUGUUCGUAUCCAGCGUUAGAUUUUGGCACUAGUCCUGUAGUCCUUGCCAAACUGCCCAAUAGUUAUAUUAAGGUAUCAUAAGGACGAGAAGAAGUUUGCUAUUUUUAAGGGUUUUGCUAUAUGUUAUCAUCAUAAGGAAGAGCUGAUGUCAAAUAGUGCUUUGUUGUUGUGUUUUGGCUGAUAUCUAUUUGUUGUGAUGUGAUAAGGAAUGAUGGGACCAAAUUGAUGGCACAAAUAAUGUACCUUUCUGGUCGGCUUUCUGACAUUUCUGUUCUGUCUCGUUAUUGAGGAGUAUGUUUGUAUAUUUUGAUUGACUGACUGUGAUUUCAAACUUACAUCACUUGCCUUUAGUCUCACAGAGCCAAAUUGUACUGUGAUGUGAUAUGUGUGAUGUUUAUUUUCUGUGAGCACAUCAGUUGAGAAGAUGGAGAAUUUAACCUGAGAUACCACAUAUUAACACUACACACUGUGAGAUACCGGAGUAUACACAUUAAUAUAUCACUCAAGGUGUGAGAUACCACAUAUAAACAUUGCACACUGUGAGAUAUAGGAGUAUACACAUUAUAUCUCUCCAGGUGUGAGAUACCACAUACCGGCCUUGCAUUAAAAAUCCUAUAAAGUGAUAUCAUUGGGUGUGUCUUGACCGAAUCACCGGUCGAUUCCAAGAAAACGUGUGUACAGCUGAUUGCUGUGUCCG